GCGUCUAGGCGAUAUUUCUUCGGAAUUGCUCUGCAAUUGUAGUGUCUAUUGCCUCUUCUUAAUUCAUGGAGGAAAAGCCUGAUCAGUGCUUGAUAAGUGAAGAUAACUUGGAUCGGGCUUCACCAGACCUGUGGCCCGAGCAAAUCCCCGGAGCAUCCGAAUUUUUGUCGCUGCGUCAGAAUGAGAUCAGUUUGCAAACACCUCCAAAGUAUGCCACUGAUUUAGAUAAGGAAGAUCUUGAAUUAAUUCAUGAUUUUGGCAGCUUGUCCACACAGCAGUUGAUGGAUAAAAUUAAGCAUCUACAGAAUCUGGCUUAUCAGGUUGGUUUGGAGGAAGGUGAGCAACGACUUCCCACGCAACUUUUUUUCUCUAAGCCAAGGAAAUGACUCGGGGGAAGUUCCUCAAUAUUCUUGGGAAACGCUAGUAUCCUCAUUCCAUUUUGUACCUCUACCUGUAAAUAAAUCAGUUCCGUUCA